AUGACCAUCAACACCCUGGCGAAAGGGGGGUGGAACCGGGAGCAGAUGACAUGCUUUCGAAAGAUGGAGAAAGUGAUCGUGGCCAUGCAGGACCCUGACAUGGGCAUGAAGAUGAGAAACCAGAGGCUCCUCAUCACUGUCAUUCCACACGCUAUGACAGGUCACGACAUAAUUACCUGGUUGAUCCAGAAAUACAGCAUCUGCGAGGAGGAGGCUCUGCACGUUGGCGGCAUGCUGGUGAAAUACGGAUAUAUUUACCCUCUCAAAGAGCCGAGGUCCAUCGUGUUACACCCUGACGAGUCGCCCUACCGCUUCCAGACUCCUUACUUCUGGACGAGCACCCGGUGGCCUGCCUCAGAGCUGGACUAUGCAAUCUAUUUGGCUAAAAAGAACAUAAGAAAACAAGGAGAACUGAUGGAAUAUGAAAAGGAGAGGUACAGUGUGUUGCACAAGAGGAUCAACCACACCUGGGACUUUGUGGUGAUGCAAGCCAGAGAGCAACUCAGGGCGUCCAAACAGAGGCGGAAGGCUGACCGCAUUGUGCUAGAAUGUCAGGAGCAGGCGUACUGGCUCAUCAACAGACCGCCGCCUGGGGUGGGUAAUGUGUUGGACAUGGGUCUGGAGCGACCGAAUAACUUCAGCGUACGAGUCACUGUGAACUAGAACAGUGACUACUACAAAAGAGAGAUUGAGGCCAGCAGACGGGCCCUUGGACGGAACCGUGUAAAGUCAUCCGUCUGCCUAGAAGGUUUCGUGAAGUACAGCGAGCAGUACCAGAACCACGAUCCCAUUAUGCAAGGCUGCCUUCCCAGUAACCCCUGGAUCUCUGAUGACACCGCGCACUGGACAAUGAACUCAGAAAUGGUGCCGACGCCGACACGUCUCCGAGUGGAGUGUUGGAGCUUCAGCUUCAUGGAGCUCCUCAACGACAACAUGGGGAGGCGAGAGUUCAUGACCUACCUGGAGAAGGAGUUUAGCGCGGAGAACCUGUGUUUCUGGCAGGCGUGCGAAGAGCUGCGACACGGAGAAACUUCCAGGAUUGCAGAGAAAGUGGAGGAGAUCUACAAAAACUUCCUGGCCCCCGGAGCCGCCCGCUGGGUCAACAUCGACAGCAAGACGAUGGAUAAAACCUUGGAGGGCAUCAAGCGGCCGCAUCGCUUCGUCAUGGAUGACGCACAGAUGCACAUCUACUUCCUGAUGAAGAAGGACUCCUAUCCGAGGUACCUGAAGUCUGACCUGUACAAAAACAUGCUGGCCAAAGCGAUCGUCCCCCAGGAAACCAAGAAAAGCGUGUUCCCCUUCAUGAGACGCCAGCGCCACUCCAGCCCCUCCCCUGCUCAGGCUGCUACCACGGCGACGGAGGAAGACGGGCGCGCCAAGGGGGCGGGGCAAGCAGGUGCCAACUCUGAAGGUGGCUCCCAUGUCUGAUGGCAAGAAAAAAAACAAAAACAACAAACAAACCCCCAAAACCAAAAAAAGGCAUCAGACUCAAUCAUCACUUCUUCAGUCUCCAUCGUCACAGCAACCACCCGAGGACUUCUCUCCUGCUUUUUUUUUCUUUUCAAACCAAACGUCAGAAGCUUUUCUUCCCAGAGCAGAGACCAGGUGUUACCGCAAACCUCAGCAGCUAAAGCACGAGCAGAGCUUCUAGUGCCACUGUUACUGCUGCAUCUCCAUCCCCAUCCCCUGCAUUCCGUCUCAGUCCAGAUUCCUCUGGACGUCGUCCCUCAUGACUUCCUUUCUCUCCGUCUCUUCCGAGCAGGUUUAGGCGUAGCGGUUGUGAAUGGACACUAGAGAUGUGUUUAGUCUCAGCAUGUGUGUGAUUAUUGUACAGUUGGCUUGUCUGGUUCAUUCCAUGCUGGAGCUUCACACUGUGAUUGUCGUUGUUCUUGUUGAUUUUGCUCGAGCACGUGUUCAUCCCAAUAAAAAGUCACAACAGCA